AUGGUUAUUCCAAGAAGAGGCUCUUUUGUGAGGAGGCAGCUGCUGCUGGUUCUAUUUCAUGCCGCCUGGGAAAUGGGGAGUGGCCAGCUCCAUUAUUCUGUGCCAGAAGAAUCCCAGCACGGCACCUUUGUGGGCCGCAUCGCGCAGGAUCUGGGACUGGAGGUGAGUGAGCUGGUGCCUCGGAUGUUCCGGAUAGAAUCCCAAGGCCAUGGGAACUAUUUUGAGGUAAAUCUCCAGAAUGGGAUUUUGUUUGUUAAUUCCCGGAUAGACAGGGAAGAAUUAUGUGUCAAGAAUGCUGACUGUGCCAUUCACCUGGAAGUGAUUGUGGAUAAACCCCUGAGGAUCUUCCACGCUGAGGUGGAAAUUAAGGAUAUAAAUGACAAUCCUCCCAUAUUUUCAGCAGGUAAACAAACUCUAAAUGUUGCAGAAUCAAUGCUUCCUGGUGCACAUUUCCCUCUGCAGGCAGCCUCUGAUGCAGACAUUGGUUCAAAUGCUCAGCUGAAGUACAAGCUCAAUUCCACAGAAUUUUUUGUUGUUGAAGAAAAGAUCAAUGACCAGCACAGUAUAUCAUUGGUACUUGUUUUAAUCAAACCUCUGGACAGAGAGAAAAUAGCUGUGCAUCAUUUAUUGCUUACAGCUGCGGAUGGAGGUCAACCACAACUCACAGGCAUGGUCCAUCUUGACAUCACGGUGAUGGAUGCAAAUGAUAAUGCGCCAGUGUUUGACCAGUCUGUUUACAAGGUAAAAUUAUUUGAACAUGUAGCAGAUGGGACACUGGUUAUUCGUUCAAAUGCAACAGACUUAGAUGAGGGAAUAAAUAAGGAAAUCGUUUACUCCUUCAGUAAUAAUGCUCCUUCCAAUAUAUUUACUAUUGAUUCGGAUACAGGUGAGAUAAAAGUGAAAGGAAAGGUGGAUUUUGAAGAGAAUAGUGUUUAUAAUGUUGAAAUAGAGGCAAAAGAUAAAGGAAGCCCACCUUUAUCUGGACACUGCACUAUCCUGAUUGAAAUUUUAGAUUUAAACGACAAUGCCCCCGAGAUAUUGUUGAAGUCCAUGGUGGUGCCACUGCCAGAGGACUCCCCUCUGGGGACAGUGUUGGCCUUGAUCAGCAUCUCGGACAGGGAUUCUGGGGCCAAUGGGCAAGUGAGCUGCUCCCUAUGGCCCCCUGGGCUACCAUUCAAGCUUGUUUCCACUUUCAAGAAUUACCACUCACUGGUGCUGGCUGAGCCUCUGGAUCGAGAACAGAUAGCAGAGUUUGGACUGGUGGUGAUAGCUCAGGACCAAGGGCUUCCAUCAUUGUCAGCAAGUAGCAGCUUGGUUCUGCCCAUUAGUGAUGUGAAUGACAAUGCACCUACUUUCUCCCAGCCCUCCUACACAGUCUUUGUGAAAGAGAACAACCCUCCCGGGGCUCACAUCUUCACAGUGUCUGCCUCAGACCCAGAUAUGGCUGAGAACGCCUUGGUCAGCUACUGGCUGGAUGAGAAGCUCUGGCCGCUGUCGAGCUACAUCUCGGUGCACUCGGAGAGUGGGAAGCUGUACGCCCUGCAGCCCUUGGAUUACGAGGAGCUGAAGCUGCUGGAGUUCCAAGUGAGGGCUAAAGAUGCUGGGCUGCCCUCUUUGUGCAGCAAUGUGACUGUGCAGGUUUUUGUGGUGGAUGAGAAUGACAAUGCCCCAUCAGUGAUAGGGCCACAGGUGGGGCCCAUCCCACUGAUGGUCCCUAUCAUGGCGGGGCAAAUAGUGGGCAAAAUCCAUGCCCUGGACGCUGACUCAGGCUACAAUGCAUGGCUGCACUAUGAGCUGCAUGAAUUGACCAGUGGGCCUUGGCAGGUAGGGCGCUACAGUGGUGAGAUCAGCACCACACGUGUCCUGGACGAGGCAGAGGGCAGCAGCAUCUACAGCCUGCUGGUGCUGGUGAAGGACCAUGGCAAACUGCCCCAAUCAGCCACAGCCUCUUUGAGUGUCUCACUGAUGGUGACUUCCCAGAAGAUCCACACUGAUGCCCAUCUUCCUGGGAUGGGAGGUAGUCCUGGAGCACUGGUAGAUAAUGCCAACGUGUAUCUAAUCACUGCAAUAUGUGCAGUGUCUAGCGUGUUCCUGCUGGCAAUCAUAGUAUAUGUGACACUGCGAUGCCAAAGCCAGGCCAAGGAGGCCAUGAUGUAUGGUCCUGGCACAGCCACGCUGGUGUGUGCCAGUGAAGUGGGCAGCUGGUCGUAUUCCAAUCGCCACAGCCACAUCCUGGCAGGGGUGAGUGGGGAGGCGGGUGCCAAAAGCGACCUCAUGUUUUUCAGCCCCAACAUACCCAUCUUUGCAGAGAAUGGAGAACCAAAGAAUGGAGAGGAGCUACUGCCAAGUCCAUCUGGAGAGGUGAGUUCCUCAUGA